UGGUUGUGCAUAUAUCUGUAGUACACUUCGAACUAUUGUACGUGACACAUCAGUAGUACGUGAUUACGGAAUACCAAUACUUGAUGAGACUCAUAUUAUGAAGAAAACUGCGCAGUUAGUAUUGAUGCUCAUUCUGGCAAUAUGGAUGCCGAAUACUGGAAUCAACGGCAGGGCAAUUAACAAUGAACUGACAAGGAAACGGGAUAUUCAAACACAACAUGGUGCAUCAGAUGGUCCAGACGUAUUUAAACAAAGUGGUCCAGAUGGAUCUGGUCAAGGUGGUCUAGAUGGAUUUGGGCAAGAUGGACCAGGCAGAUUUGGUCUAAGCAGAUUGUGGCAAGGUGGUCCUAGCAGAUUCGGGCAAGGAGGUCCAAGCGGAUUUGGACAAGGAGGUCCAAGCGGAUUUAGGCAAGGAGGUCCAAGUGGAUUUGGACAAGGAGGUUCAAGCGGAUUUGGGCAAGGAGGUCCAAGCGGAUUUGGGCAAGGAGGUGCAAGCGGAUUUGGACAAGGAGGUGCAAGCGGAUUUAGGCAAGGAGGUCCAAGUGUAUUUGGACAAGGAGGUCCAAGCAGAUUUAGGCAAGAAGAUCCAAGCGAAUUUGGACAAGGAGGACCAAGCAGAUUUGGGCAAGAAGGUUUAAGCGGAUUUGGGCAAGGAGGACCAAGUGGAUUUGGGCAAGAAGGUCCAAGCGGAUUUGGGCGAGGAGGACCAAGCAGAUUUGGGCAAGAAGGUCCAAGCGAAUUUGGACAAGGAGGACCAAGCAGAUUUGGACAAGGAGGUCCAAGCGGAUUUGGGCGAGGAGGUCCAAGUAGAUUUGGGCAAGGAGGUCCAAGCGGAUUUGGGCAAGAAGGUCCAAGCAGAUUUGGGCAAGGAGGUCCGAGCGGAUUUGGGCAAGGAGGUCCAUACGGAUUUGGGCAAGGAGGUCCAAGCGGAUUUGGGCCAGGUGUUCCAAGUGAAUCUGGACAAGGCAGAUUUGACCAGGGUGGAUUUGGACAGAGUCAUUUAGGCGGAUUCGAGCAAGGUGGUCCAGACGGAUUAGGACAAGGUGUUCCAGGCGCAACUGGGGAAGGUGUUCCAGACGGAUCUGGGCAAGGUGGUCCAGGCGGAUUUUGGCAAGAUGGCCAUGAGGGCCGUGAUGGAUUUGAGUCAAGCAGUUCAGAUGAACAUAAUUGA